UUUUUAAAUCGCUAAAAAAAACUUUAGCGUCACAACAGAGGCGUUAAGUUUCUUUUUUAUACAAAUGACCAAAGAAAAUAACUUGAAAAUGUCAGAAAAUAUUUCAAAAUACGAAAAAAAUAGUUUAGACAUAUCGAAGAUUUUAACAGACGAAUGCAUAUUGCGACUAUUUGCAUUUCUUGAUCUAAAAACCUUAUCAAGUGUAAAUCAAAUGUGCAGACGUUGGUACUACAUAAGUAAAGAUAAAUCUCUAUGGAGGUCAGUCGAUUUCAGCCCCUAUAAAAUCACGUUUGAAGAACCAGCAUUUGAGAACUUUACUAAAAAAAAUCUUAAGGAUACAAUAAAACUUAACUUAGGAAGCUUGUACGUUACGUCUAAAAUGCUUAGAUCAAUUGCAGACAAUUGCCACAAGCUAAGUAUUCUUUUGUUUGGGCGGAGCUGUGUAGCUGAAAUUAAAAAACGCCGACGCAAAUCAUUUUUCGCAAAAAACUUACAAACUUUAGACUUACGUUCAUCCUUAGGCAGUUUUGAAUUUUUAGUCGACGUAGAUCAAAAGUUUCCUAACAUAACUAAUAUUGGAAUUGGUCCAAGAAGCUUCGGCAGAUACAAGCUUCCCUACAUAUUUUCAAAACUAACAAACGUUAGGAUUAUUGAUUUCACUAACUGCUUAGAAAUAGACGAUAAUGGAAUUAAUGUACUUGCAACAAAUUGCCAGAAAAUCGAGUCAAUUUGUUUAAUUGGUUGCCGCCAUGUUUAUGGAAAAUCUUUUGCUUGUCUAUUGCGCAACUGUCAAAACCUUAAAACACUACUUAUUAGGUAUCUUAAAAUUAACGACGAUAUAUUUGCACAAAAAAUAUGGGAUGGCUGUGUUAUUGAAGAACUAGACCUAUCAGCAUGUCCUCGAAUCACAUGGCAAGGCCUCUUUGCUCUAUUAGCUCAACUAAAGCAUGUACAUUAUUUAAAUUUAUCUUAUUGCGGAGAAGGGCGCGCAGUUAAUGAUAUAGUACUUUCACAAAUGGUAAAUUCAGGAAUGUCAACUAAACUACGUAUGGUUGAUUUGCGUUGGAGUUUUCACAUAUCACCUAACGCUCUCGGAAACUUUCUUACAAAGUGCAAACAUCUAGAAAAAUUUGGUAUUUAUCAAUCUUUCCAAAUAACCGCAGAUAACAUUGCUGACUUUUUGAUUCAUUUGCCAUCAAUUAAAAUACUAGAGUUUGGUGGUUCCUAUCAACAAGAACUUAAUCGCUCUCAUUUAAUACCAAUGCUACUGAAAACAGCAAAAAACCUUGAAGUACUUUCACUAAUUAACUUUACUUCGACUAACCUCAUUGAAGAUUAUAAAAAUAUUAAAACACUAAUCACCACUAAAUCUAAACUGACGAGAAUCAACUUUUGCGACAGUUCUCCUGAAUUGGUUAAAAUAGCAAAAGAAAUAGCUCAAGGGGUUAAGCAAAUCAAAAUCACUGUUAAAUGGGAAUGCGCACUACCGCCACCUGUUAUUACCCUAGAUUCUAUUUUAAAUAUUUAAAAAACCGAUAUUUUUUAAAACCAUUUUGAUAUGUAAAG